AUGGUAAGUAAAGUGCUCCAGGGCAGAUUCGGGGAUGCAAGGGGAUCUGCAAGGGUAGAUACUAGCCUCUAUCACGUAUCUCCCCAGGAUCUCUCACCCUACUUGUUGCUGUUGCUGCUGCUGCCGUCGCUGCUGUGUACUUCAGAAGUCACGCCAGAGCCCUGCGAGCUGGACGAUAAGGAUUACCUCUGCUCCUGCAAUUUUUCUGAUCCUGAGCCCGACUGGUCCAGUGGAUUCCAGUGUAUGGUUGCCUACAAGGUGGAGAUUCGUGCUGGUGGCCGCAACUUAGAGAAGUUUCUUAAACAUGCAGAUACCAGCCCACGGCAGUACUCUGAUGUGGUCAAGGGUCUGCGCGUGAGGGAGCUGACAGUGGGCGCUGCGCGGGUUCCCGCGCGGCUCUUGUUCGCCCUCCUGCGCGCGCUCGGUCACUCCCGCCUCCGGGAAUUGACACUUGAAGACCUGGAGAUAACCGGUACUUUACCACCAGCGCUGGAAGCCGCGGGGCCCGCACUCUCCACCCUCCGCCUCCGCAACGUGUCCUGGGCCGCAGGCGGUGCCUGGCUGGCCGAGCUGCAACAGUGGCUCAGGCCGAACCUCAAGGAACUGGGCAUUGUACAAGCACAACCGCUUGCCUUCUCCUGUGAGCAGCUUCGUAGUUUCCCGAGCCUCGCCACUCUGGAUUUGUCAGACAACCCCGGUCUGGGAGAGGGCGGACUGGCUGCGACCCUGUGUGGGCACAAGUUCCCUGCUCUCCAGGAUCUGAGGCUGCGCAAUGCGGGGAUGGAAACGCUCUCAGUCGUGUGCGAAACGCUGGUAGCGGCUGUGGUGCAGCCCCACCACCUAGACCUUAGCCAAAACGCGCUCCGUGCCAGUGCACACCUGGGCGCCCCUGGGUGCGUCUGGCCUAGCACACUGAAGUCUCUCAACUUUUCUUUUGCUGGGUUGGAGCAGGUGCCUAAGGGACUGCCCGCUAAGCUCAGGGUGCUGGAUCUCAGCUGCAACCGUCUGAGCAGGGCUCCAAGGCCAGAUGAGCUGCCAGAGGUGGAAAAGCUAAUACUGGAUGGGAAUCCUUUCAUGGACCCUGAAUCCCCCAAACCCUAUGGGGAUUCAAUGAACUCCAGUGUGGCCCGAACCUGUGUAUACUGGCUCCUGGCCACAGGGCUAUCAGGAAGUCUAGUACUGUUCUUGGGGAACUGGAACUUUGUUUAG